CAACAAUUCCUAAACACAAAAACAUUUCAAGUUUUACUGAACCUGUAAAAAAACUCUUUAGUACAGUCCAAACUGGGAUCCUGGAGGUUUGACAGAAAUCAAUAUUAUUAAUAAAAUAAAAUAUAGCUGAAUGGAAACUGAGAAACACAAUGCUGCUGUAAAACUGGAAGUAAAGGACGCAUGUUCAGUCGACCAGACAAGAUCCGUGUUAAACUAGAAUUGUGUCAAAUCUUGAUUGACAACACAACACAGAGCGCUGAACUGUCAAAGAAAAUGUUUCUUGUGUUGAUUUUUUACUCUUUAUGCUUCAGGUGUCCAGUGGGUGUGUUUGGUGAUGAAGUGAAGUCAGUGUCAGUGAUGGAGGGAGAAAAUCUUACUCUACACUCUCAUCUUACUGAAAUAAAGGGAGGGGAUCAGAUACUCUGGAGCUUUGGACCUCAAAAGUCAACCAUAGCUAAAAUUAAUAGAGAAGCCAAUAUAGUCUCAGUAUAUGAUGAUGUUCUUGAUGGGAGAUUCAGAGACAGACUGCAGUUAAAUGAUCAGACUGGAGAUCUCACCAUCACAAACAUCACAACUCAACACACUGGACUUUAUAAUGUAACCAUCAGCAGCGAGCAGAAGUCCUUACACAGAUUCAAUGUUAUUGUCUAUGCUCGUCUGCCCGUUCCUGUCAUCACUACACAAAACUCUUCAUCAUCAGAAACAUCAUCAUGUGUGUUGUUGUGUUCAGUGUUGAAUGUGAGAGAUGUGAGUCUGUCCUGGUACAAAGGAAACAGUUUAUUGUCCAGCAUCAGUGUGUCUGAUCUCAACAACAACAUCUCUCUUCAUCUGAAGUGUCUGGAUGAAUCUUACAGCUGUGUGGUGAACAAUCCCAUCAGUAAUCAGACUCAACAUCUCAAUACUGAUCUCUGUCAGAAGUGUUCAGAUCUCACCUUAAUUCAGAUCUUUAUUGUUGCUGCUGUUGGAUGUUUGAUGAUUGUAGCAUCAGUUCUGAUCUUCUGGAUCAACAGGAAACACAGAAACACACAACAACAGGUUCCUAAAACUGUUAAAAACAGAUGGAUGGAAUUUACUGAAAUCACUUACAAGAUCACACAUUCUCUAAAAGAGCAGCAGAUAAACUGUACUUGGUGAUGUCCUAACAGAACAGUCGCUUAAAAUAAGUCCCAAAGACAUCAAGAUUUGGAAUAUGAAUCUCAACAAUGGUGACAAUAACAAGAGAAAGCGUCAUGCUGAAAUCCAUGAAUGUGUUUAAUACUAUGUUAUACCACUGCGCCGUGUUGAUUAUUUUUUUGUAAACCGCACACCUAACUUACCAAAUGUCUUAAAAUAACCACCAGAGCAGUGUUUGUGGUAACUGUGGUAUAAGCAGAAUAACAGACUCUGGUCCAUGGAAUUAUUAAAAAAAAAAUGCACACCCGCUUUGCGUCGUGUCGCAUUACCACCUUGGGUUUGCAUUAUUUUCAAAUAAUUCAAAGGACUGGAGUCAAUUAUUCCUUACAUACCCAGCAUGCAUUGCAGCAUGAAUUUUUCUUUUGUUUAAAAUGAUGUUUUAAAUGAGAUUUCUUUUGUUUAAAAUUAUAUUUAAAAUUAAUUUUUCUUUUGUUUUAAAUGAUGUUAAUAGAUGGUCGUUUAAAGAAAGACACAACUGUACAUUAUCAGAAACAACUAAAGUAUUUGAUAUAUAUACUAUGUCUAUUUUUUUUUUUCUCACUGAAUGCAUCUGACACAUUAACAGGUUCAUUCGGGUUCAUGUGAAGAAAUGUGGUUUUGUUGUACUGGGGGACAUGAGAUGUGUGUUUGUGGUUAAUGUGCAUAUGUGUGUGAAUGUGAGUGGUGUGAAAAGUGUGUGUCUUUUUUGGUCUCAUGCACAUUUAUCUAUGCUAAUGUUAAACAAAUAAAAGAUUGCUUUAAAUCAAACCGUAUUGUUAAAUAUUAUUGCAUUCAAAGAUGUAUGCAUGAUAUUGUGGAUCUUCAGAUGUCUCUUCAUUCACCAACAUAGGUGACCCUGGACCACAAAACCAGUCAUAAAGUUUUUUUUCUAAAUUGAGAUGUAUGCAUCACCUGAAAGCUGAAUAAAUAAGCUUUCCAUUGCUGCAUGUUUUGUUAGGAUACAACUAUUUGAGGGUGCAAAAAAAUUAAAUAUAAAAAAGCAUCUUUAAAGUUGUCCACCACUUAGCAACACAUAUUACUAAUGAUAAAUAUAUUUUUUUAUAUCAAAAAAUGUAGGAGAUUUACAAAAUAUCUUCAUGGAACAUGAUCUUUACUUAAUAUCCAAAUGAUUUUUGGCAUAAAAAUAUCUGUAAUUUUGACCCAUACACUGUAUUGUUGGCUAUUGCUACAAAUAUACCCAUGUGACUUAUGAAGAGCUCAGAUGCUAAAGCUACUAAUCAGUGGCAAUUUUUCUAAACCCGAAUGUAAAUGGCACAGAAAUGUGUGAAGUCUGCAUUCCCACCUCGCAAAAACACAUUGAUUUUAAAUUACCCGAGACCCAAUGCCACUAUUAUUAUACCCGACCCGUGUCCGAGGCACACUCUUUAGCAAGAGAUAGCAGAAGCUUCUCAGAAAAAAACUAUUCUUGAUAUCAUGAUCUCACACGUCAUGAGCUCGCAUCUCAUUCACACAUCUUGCCGUGUCUUGUGCUAUUUCUAUGAAGAACACAUCCUCUUUUAUCUCAGUGACUUAUUCAAAUAAUCACAAGAAUAAUUUUAAGGAACAAAUGCAAAUGAUUUACUGAAAAUUGCAAUAUUUCUAGCAUCAA